CACACACCCGCCAUUUAACUACAGAGCGAGUUAAAAGAGAAGGCGAUGUGAAGACCCAGGUGGCAAAUCAUGGUGGUUGUAUCCAGCAGGUUACUAGUCUGGAGGUUACCUUGAGGUGUAAUGAAUGAAGUUACUAACUUUGCUCUUGCCAGCGUGUUGGGGCCUCGGCUGCGGGCUGGAGGCGAUGGGUGUUUGCUGCAGGGAGCGUCUGCGCGGGAAUGACAAGAGCAUGAAGCCCCAGGACGGGGGGCUGCCAUGCUGUAACACGAAGUGCAACAUCCCAUGGGCAUGCAGGGGCUAGUGGGAAAAACCUGUGCCGUGAUCUGCUGCAGCCUUGGCUGGGAAUAACUGGAGAAGCAGUGGGAUGUUACGGUCGGGUCAUGCGUGAGAGCUCGUUGUGGUGGAUUUGUGAAGAGGCCAGUAAAGACGCGCACCAUUUUAAGUAGGCACCUCCCACUGAGGCGAGGUUCUACCGCAGGGAGCCAGGGCAAGGCCUGGGAGGCACCUGGGAGGGCUGGUCACUUGUGCUGGUGCAGAGGUAAAUCAGGUGUGGCAGAGGUAGGGGGAGAGCUGCCAAGGUGACCAGGAGGGCAGUGAGGGCGUUUGGCCACCUGGAAGCCGGAAUGGGGUUUGUAACCUGUGAGGUGCUGGAAGAGCCUUCAAAGUGGGAGCGCUGAGGAAAGGCACAAGGUCAGGGCAGAGCCGUGGUUUGUAGUUGAUGAAAGGAUUUUUCUGACGUGGUCACCCAGCGCUGUGGGGUUUCUUUGGAAUGCUGCGUUUGGCCAGCACGGUGUGCCGUGUGUGUAGCUGGGCUUGGCACAGCAGCUGUCCCUUUAUCAGAGACAAACCCAGGCCCUGCAAGGGUCCCCUUUGGUGGGAUUUAGGUCUGCGUCUUUAGGAAAACAGUACAAUUGUGUAGAAAGUGACAGACAACCCAAGUAUUUCAUGAAAGGGGGGGAAAAUGUUAAGAGGGAAUACUCCAGGGUAGACCUUUCGGAGGUGCAGGGCUGUGACUUAGCAGUUCCCCAGUUACUUAGGUGAUACUGGCUUGCGUGGAAGGUGUGGCUGAGUCUGUUUGUCUGCAAUAAGCUGGAAGCUUUCUGCCUCAGCACAGAAACAACCUUUCCUAUUUUCACCAACGGAAAGAACAGUAAAUGAAAAUAAAGGGUGUUAAUGGAUAACUCCUCUCGUAACAGAUUAUCAUGAAACUCAUUCUUAAAUAAAUGUUUUGAUCAAAAAGAAAGUUAGAAACUCCACCUGGCAUUCACUGUGAUCAAGUACAGGGACCAAGAUGUCGUUCAGUCAAAUGAGACCUCGAACAUCACAGUUGGUGGAGCUCCAUGUUUUUUAUGUCCCAGAAGAAGUGUGGAACUUCAAGCUGAAUACAGUUCCUGUAGCUCUUACUAGCAAAUUCAUCUCAGCUGGGUUUAUAAGGGUGUCUCCUCACAUCACAUUAAGAGUGCUGCGGGAGAGGCUGGGAGAGUACCUGGGUGGAGUUGCAGUUGCAGAUAAAUUCAAAUUUCUAAAAUGCAUUGGGAAAAGACUAGCAGUGGUGAAAGCAAAGCAAGAAACAGAACUGGAACUGAAGUCAUUUGUUCCUCCUUACGCACUUUAUCCUGAAUUAUAUUUAUUACCUGGAGUGGAAUACUUUGAAGAUGUUUAUCCGUUAUCAGCAUCAACUCAACAAAGACAUCACUUUAAUGCAGAAGCUAAUAGUUUUAGUUCUGGAUCAAGAUUAUCCAGUCUUCCUCAACCAAAACCUGAAAAAAGCAAACAAUUUUUAGAAAGUAUGCAGAACAGUUACCAGCUAGAAAAUCAGGAAGUGCACAGAUCUGUGGAACGGGGGGAGAAAAAACCUGUUCCAGUUUUGCACACAAAACACAAGCAAGACCAUAACAACAGGAUUCAAGAAAAACUAAUACAGUUUAGAGAAAAAGAUCAAAAUGGAUCCAAUGGAUCUCUCUUCACACCAAGUCAUUCAAAUCCUGCAGACCGGGAGUCUGGAAAGAGUGAUAUGGUAUUACAGACCGCUCAGCAAAAUCAUCUCAGCCAAGAUCAAGGAGAGCGUAACACUCCUGAGUGGAAUGAGAAAGCCAAACGAACCACUUCCACUCUUCAUGUAAACCUCAAUGAUGAACAAGGCCAGAAUAACCAAACACCCCCAAAUCACGUUAAAUAUCAAAAGGAACUAACAAACAUGGAAAAUAAUGACCACCAGAAAGAUACUGAACUAAGAAGAGACAGAAUACAGGGUUCUGGAAUUAUUAAAAUAAUGGAAGACCAAACCACAGAAUAUGCACACAAAAAACAAAGUUUCCAGCAAUACAGAACUAACAAGUCUAUAGAUGAUCCUGAUGAGGCAGAUGAAAACAAGAAAAAUCAUCUUACUUGUCCAAAAGAAUAUAUUUCACCUCCUAGUCCACCUUUUUUGGCACUUCCUAUGAUUCCAGCUCAGGUUCCUGCAACAAAAAACGGGAUGGUAGAACAAUUGCAACAAAUGAAGAAAGACAGAAGGCACAUGGAAAAAACUAGAGAAGAACUGAUGAAAAAAGCUAAAAGGUUACUGGAACAAAAUAAGCUGAGGAGAUACCACGUUCGUGAGGAAUGGAAAAAGAAGUACUUUGAAACUAAGAAAGCUACGGUUUCACUGGAAGAUGCUUUAAACAAACUGCGACAAGAUGUAGAGCUUUAUCACCAGAAAUUACUCUUGCAAUUGAGAGCCAGAGAUAGCCGGAAACAACCAAGCAACGUGACAAACUCCAAGAAUUACACAAUCAUACGGAUUACUACAGUGCAGCAUGAACUCGAUCAACUGAGAAAGAAGGUGGAUGAUACAAAAAUGAAACUCAUAACAGAAAUUAAGAUGAGAAAGCAGGCAGCAGCUGAUUUACAAGCACUGAGGGCGGAACUGACACAGAAGAAGAUUCAUUCAGCUUUAGUUCUCCAGUCCAGAAAAUCAAGAAUUUAACAGGAUGGUGUGACUUCAAUAUCUGUAAAGUCUACAGGAGCUCUUUAAUGUAUAUAGAAGAUCAGAAUUUCAUAGCAUUUGUUUGAGUGCCCUUGAAGUUACCUUGUAAAAAGACAUCAACUAUAUAAAUGUUGUGGAAUUUGUAUACUAGGCUACUGAGGUACUGCAGCUCACUUCUUUUUAAAUCUCACUAUGAGAUUAGUCAGCUACUUAAACAUAGUUUAACCUAGUAAUGUGCCUGAAACAAAGGUAAGUUAUUUUAAAAGUGCAAAUUAGUGAAUUGUGUAAUAUCAGAUUGGUGUGCUGAUGUCCUUUCAUCAACAAAAUACCUGCUAAGCAAAUAAACCUAUUAAUCUGUAAUCCCCUGUUCUUAUUUUCAGGCACACACACUAAAUUUUUUGGAAAGU